AUGAUUGAAAACACAAUCUCUGAUUGCACGCUAUCAAAUUAUUCAUUCGCGAGCAACGUGUACCUUAGAAUAAAGCCGAGCUUGGAAGCGACCAGCGCAGAAAUCUACACAGUGCACAAUUCGACGACGUUGCACGUAAAGAAAGGUGAAAGCAUAGACAAGAAGUACAUAUUCACGCGAAUUUUCGAUUCGAGCUACUCGCAGGAGGACAUUUUUUACCACAGCGUGCGGCAGCAGGUGAUUAAUUUUCUUCUCGGCGAAAGCUCGACGAUCUUAACUUAUGGGGCGUCGAAUUCCGGUAAAACGUAUACGUUAUAUGGGACGCCAAAAUCACCUGGUAUCAUUCCACGUGCCAUCGAGUUGCUAUUUUCCGCAGUGAAUUGCACCCUCGCACCGUGGUACAAAGUCAUCGACGGUAAUCGAAUUGUCACCUUAAACGAGGACGAACGAGCAUACGAGAUACAGUGUAAGAAAGAUAUAAUAAAUCCAGAAGUGAUCGCUAAAGAGGAGUAUACGCAAGCUCGGCUAUCUCUCAACAACUCGAAUCCGCAGCUUCCGGAAGAACGAGACGCUUGCGGUGAUGAGUGUAUGUCAUCUGUUUGGAUAUCAGUGGCUGAAAUUUACAAUGAUAACGUGUACGAUCUUCUGGUGGUGAACGAAGAAGAGAAACAGCCGCUUAAGAUGGCGUCUCGAAAGGAUGGGUCGACUUACGUGAAGGAUUUGAAAUUUAUCGCCAUCACUACGGCUUUAGAGGCCUGUCAAUUGUUGGUCUUCGUUCAGUCGAAGAUGACGAUUGCCUCAACGGUAGUUAACGACGCUAGCUCGCGAUCUCAUACGUUUUUUACGAUAAAAUUGUUGAAGUACGAGAGGCAGAACAGUCCGGAGGAGGUUCAGGUCAGUACAUUAACGUUCUGCGACGUGGCUGGAUCCAGGCGUUUCAAGAACAGGGCAGAAACGGGUGUCAGGUUGACGGAAUGGCGAAAUAUAAACAAUAGUUUGCUGGUGCUUGGAAGAUGUUUGAAAACUGCUCGAACUAGUAAUUCGAUCGGCAACGUGCACGUCGCUGGACCGUUUCGCGAGUCGAAGUUAACCAGAAUUCUUCAAAAAGUUUUGGCUGGUAGAGAGACAAUUAGCUUUAUCGUUACUAUCGAUACUGAGGCUGAUGCAUUCCCGGAAACGUUGAGCAUUCUGAACUUCUCGGCGAUAGCGAGAAAAUUAAACGCAGAAUCUAAAGUGCUCAAGAGAAAUGCAUUUUCGAUUAUGACUCCACGAAGUCUAAAAUCAUCCACGUUAGCUUCAAUUGUACACACGCCGGAAAAAUUGAUCACAGUUGAUUCUGAAGAAUAUGAAACGCUCAAGCGACGGAUUAAGGAACUAACCGAAGAGCUGGAAGAAAUGCAACUAAUUUAUUACGCAAAGAGGGACGCCAUAGAGACCAUUUCUAGAGGAACACAAUCAGAAAAAUCGUUUCUUGAUUAUGAACAACUGGAAGAAAGAAACGCUAUUUUGUUGAAGAAUUUGGAAACUCUGGAAUGCGAUAAUUUGGAUCGAGAAUUGGAACUGAGACAAAAAUUGGCGGACCAGUAUUCUACCGCAGUUAAGGAACUACAAUACUGCUCGAAGGAACGUACGCAGGUAGUGGAGGACCAAGGGCGAGAAUUACUGAAGUGGUCAGUGGAUCAGAUAGAAGCGUUUUACAAGGAACGCAUCGAUAACAUAAUGUACAAUAAGAAGCGAAAGAGGAUUGACGGCGAUGUCGGAAUUCAAUCAAUUUGCCAAGAACUUGAAACUGAAAACGCAAUGAUGACGUCGAAACUAAUCGUGUUAAGAGAAAUGGUACGUAACUUAAGAGCCGAGAACCAGUCACUUAGCACGGAGAGAAACAAAUGCAAUUUCGAGUUAGUAUUGAUUAAAGAGAAGCUGACGAAUUUUCACGAUUUGGUUCGAAUACACUUCCCUGAAUUGUUCGUUAAAAUACAAGACAUCACGAGCGAUGUCGGUUGGCUUGUUCACGAACUAAAAAUAAUGUUAGAUCAAAAAACGAGGAGCAUCGAAAUUUUGGAAAGAGAUUUGAACAGAGAGAGGAACGACUACAUCAAAGUGGUGUCGAAGUCCUUGGAGAUGGAGAACGAGCUGUGCAACACGAAACGUUUAUUGCAAGAAUCUUUAACUAAGGCAUCGGAUUUAGAAAACGAAAUAAUACAAAAGGCAAAUUUGAUUUGUAACCUGGAAAUAGAAUUGCAGUUGCAAAAAGAGGAGCAAUCUAAUGUUGAGCAGAGUGAAGUAGAUUCCAACGUAUCGAAAUGUCUUCCAAAAGAGGGAGUUCACGGUUUAAUUGGAAAAUACAAUUCAAUUUGUAGUGAUGAUUUUUUCUGUAGCAGUGAUAAUACUGAAUUAGUUACGCAAGCUCAUAUUGACAUGAAAGCAGAACAUUAUCUUUAUUCCGACAGCAAAAAUUCGCCGAAGAAGGUAUCCUUAAAUAGUCUUGAUACGUUCAGAUCCAGUAUUAGUAACGAUGUGAAAGAAGACUCUGGUAUCGAUAUCAGUAGCAGAAGUCAGAGGUCGACUAGCAUUAACGACGGUGCAAUUAUGGAUGAGAUGAAGGAAAAAUGGACACAAACUUUUUCAUUACUAGAGAAUAAUAAUGAUACAUGCAAGAAUGCAACAGAAUUAGAGGCUUAUUACAAGAACUUAAAGCAGUGUUCCAUGCAAAAGGACAGAUCAUCCGACACAGAACAGUCUGAUCCGGCGAACGACGUGAAAUCCGUCAUAACGGCUUUGAGAAAAGUCGCAGAUGCUAAUAUGUCCGAACUUGCAGUAUGCAAAGCCACACUGGCGUUCUCCGAACUCAGGAUGGAAGAACUGGAGAAGGAGAAUGAAAAAUUGCGUAAAAUGGUUGAGGUAGACUCGCAAAAAUAUAAGCAACGCAUUAAAGAAUUGUCCGAAGAGCUGUUAAUUAAGGAAGAAAACGAAACCGGUAAUCUGAAGCGGUUGGAGAAUUGCUUAGAAAAGUGUGCUUCGCUGGAGGACCAAUUGUCCGUGCUUCAUCUUGUUCACAAGCAGAUGGUGAGGUCGUUCCCGAAGUGCAUAGCGGAACAGGUUUCCCAGAUCGAAAAAUUGGUGAUGGAACUGUCGGGGAAAAGUUUAGGGGAGGAGAUAGACGAUGGAACGGGAGAGGCGCGAGGCGAUCUGUUCAAGGUGCAACAGCUGCACGAAAAGGUUAACGAACUCGAAACUGUUCUUGAAAAGUGCUGCGAGGAGAAGAGCAAUUACCGCGAACGAUUGCAAAAACAGUUGGAGGUGCAGUCGAUGCUAGAAACAAAAUUGAAAUGGCUGUCGACGGAAAUUCGUAGCAAGGACGACGAAUUUAACACGCUGAAGACGAAAGUCAGCGGUGUGGUGAUAGCGCAGAGUUCGAAUGACGAGGAGAUCAAGAACUUGGGCGAGAAAAUCUUCCGAUCGCAUCAGACUGUUAACGUUAUGAAGGAAAAACUAGCGUACUUUGAGGAAAUGCGAAAGUGUUUUGAAGAAAUGUUGACAAGAGACAUCCAAAAGAGUAAUUCAGUUGAAAAGGAAAUUAAGGGUGAAGGAGAAUUCAGUAGAUUAAAAAUCGAAUUGAUUGAAAAUAAACGUGAAAUGGAUUCAACGCAUGUCAGGUCCAGACCGACGCCUCCGACUGUUCUGAAGUGCGCUGCGGCUGUGGUAUUGGCUUUAAAAAUGCUCGAAGGCAAGAAAGAAUGUCAGGCUGGAUGA